AUGGCAACAACAUUACAACAUUUAUCUACAGAUGAAAAAUCAAUAUUAGAUAAAAUUAAUCAAUUAGCUCAUCAAGUUGAUCCACUAUCAAUUAAAAUUCAACAUUUUGACACAACAAAUUUAUAUGAUGAACUUUUACGAUGGAAAACUGAAACUUAUCAUAUUAUUGAUCAAGUUUAUGAACAAAAACGAAUUCAUCUUCAAACAAUCAUAGAAGAACAUAAAUCAAAACAAGAGAAAAUAAUAUCUGAUACAAAAGAUGUACUUCUUCAAUUACAAGUGAAAGGUCAUGCAACUCGUGAAGAACUUGAACAACUAGAACAAACAUUGCACAAUCUUCAGAAGACUAUUGAUAAAUUCAUUAUCAUUAAAACAAGGCCUAUUGAUACCAAUGAUAGCGUUAUAAUAGAAUUAAAUGAUGAUUCUAAAUCACCUAAUUUAACUCAAUCACGACCAACACAGGAAUUUACCUUCAGUCAUUUGAAUGAAGAGAGCUUCAAGAGCGAUGGACUACGAUCGUAUGCAAAAUAUCGCAAUCUUGGGAUCGCAAAAGCAACUAAUGGCAUGGUUAUGGCCCAUGUUAUGCGCUUUAUUCCACCGUUUCGUCCUGAGGUGUUUGUCUUUAUGAUUAAAUAA